AGGGGGUGGAAUAAGUGUCUGUGGGGUUUGGUCAUUCUGCAUUAGCAGCAUUAAUUGUAUUUUAUCUUUGCCAGUAAGUGAUGUAGCAAUGCUGGGCAAAGCAGCGAGGUUGGAGUGUGAUGUGCUGCUGCCUGAAAACAAAGAUUCCUCUUCCCACCUCCCGCAGGCCCUGCCUGUCUCAGGGCACGGGGUGGGAGCAGUGGGUGCCUUCUCCCUCCCAGCUGCUUUCCCAGUGGCUUCCUGUGAAGGGGAAGUGUUGUUUGCAUCUCGACAGCUCAGCAAACAGAUCCCGCCUUCGCCUGGCCCCGUUCAUGACCGAGCCCGGAUCCCGCAGCUCUGCCGGGACUGCAGCACCACGGCCCUGGCCAUGGCCAUGAAUGAGACCAGUGAGUGUUUCCUGACAAACAGAGUACUAGAAAAAUAUUAUCUCUCCACCAUGUACACCCUUGAGUUCAUUUUAGGUGCCAUUGGAAACACCAUUGUGGUGUUUGGCUACAUUUUCUGCCUGAAAAAAUGGAAAAGCGGCAACAUCUACCUGUUCAAUUUAUCCAUAUCAGAUUUGUUAUUUCUCUGCACUCUGCCAAUACUGGUGAACAGCUACUCCCAACAUCAGUGGGCAAAGGAGGGCAUGCUGUGCCACAGCAACAGGUUCCUGCUGCACGCCAACCUGUACAGCAGCAUCCUCUUCCUCACCGCUAUCAGCGCUGACCGCUACAUGCUCAUCAAGCACCCCUUCAGGGACCACAUCCUGCAGAAGAGGAGAACAGCUCUUACGGUGUCCAUUGCCAUAUGGAUUGGGGUGAUCCUGGAGUUGCUGCCACUGGUGCAUUUCCUGGAGCCUCCAACUCCCACCAGCAGCUACAAAUGUCUUGAUUACGCGAGCUCUGGAGACCCCGUGAGAAACCUCAUCUACAGCAUGUUCCUGACUGUCUUCGGUUUCCUCAUUCCUCUCCUGACCAUGUGCUGCUUCUACGUGAAGAUGGUUCAUUUUCUUAAGAACAGGAGAGAGCAAAUCAGCUCUGCCCUGCCCCUGGAGAAGCCCCUUACCCUGGUGAUCCUCACCAUGGUUAUCUUCUCCCUGCUCUUCACUCCCUACCACGUCAUGCGCAACGUCCGGCUCGCGUCCCGAAUUCCGGCCUUGAACGUCUCUGAGUGCACGCAGGGAAUCAUCAGCACCAUCUACAUCAUCACCAGACCCUUUGCCUUUCUGAAUAGUGCCAUUAAUCCUGUUUUUUAUUUCCUAAUGGGUGACCAGUUCAGGGAGAUGCUGAUGGCCAAAACAAGACAGCUCUUGGGCAGGCUGACAGCCACUGGGAAGUGAAGGAGUAAGGAGACCUGGCAGUGGGAGAGGUCUGGGAGGAAACUCUCUUAGGGAGAGCAUUCAGCAAUGUGAUUUAUUCUAGAUAACUUUAUUUAUGCAAUAGAAUAGGUGUGAGCUGAUGGUGUUCCUCUGAAUGCAGCUGUUACCUUAUUGUAAGGGAGAUUUCUGCUGAGCUGCCUCCAGCAAAAGGAGGGAUGCUCUGCUGGAGCAGGACAGCAGGACGUGCUCUCUGACUGGGACACCCCACAGCCAGGUAACCCUGCCAUCAGAGGAGCAUCAAGUCAGCUCUUGGAGGGAGAACACAGUGCUCUCAGACAGCUCUGUGAGCCAUAAUGUGGGCUUGGGCUGGGACACAACACGCCUUCCUGCAUCACCAGGCACGCUGCCACGGCCACUCACACAUGGGGGAUGGAGUUACCAUCUCCAGCUGUCCAUAAGUGCCCGUGGCACCCACAGCCUGAAGCAGAACUUAGUUCAAACUUCAUUAGCAAGUUCUACUAAUGAACCAGGAGCUAAUGAGGAGCCAGUCCCUGCCUGAUCCCUGCAGGAUCGAUCAGCAGCACAAGUUACUCUCCAAUGGACUGAGCUGACUUCAAACAGACGGGAAAGAUCGAUGGGGCAAUGAGCUCCUGUGAGCUUGGGCUGGCCAGGGCUGCUGGGAGGGAAGGUGGGCAGGGUGUGGGCAGCCCCCUCCCCUGCCUGUGCUGCUGCAGGCACGAGGGGCCCCAGCCCUGCCAGGGACUCUGCUCCCUAGCACAGGGAUCACCCAGCUCAUCCUCAUUCUGCUCUCUGAUGUGUCAGUCACCUGCAGCGUGCUUCACCGUGCUGGAGGCACCAGCUCCCAGAUAAUAAACCGCUUAAAAAACU